CCCACCUCUCGCCGCCCAGGGCCGGCCCGCGCCAGUCCCCGUGCCCAGAUCGCGGCUCUCAGAGGUCCCUGUGGCCGCAGCGCCUGCUUCUCCUCCCGCUCGGUCCUUCCCACUCACCUGCUGCCAUGAAGAUCGCGGUGAUCGGGCAGAGCCUGUUUGGCCAGGAAGUAUACUGCCACCUGAGGAAGGAGGGCCAUGAGGUCGUGGGCGUGUUCACUGUACCAGACAAGGAUGGGAAGGCAGAUCCUCUGGGCCUAGAGGCCGAGAAGGAUGGUGUGCCAGUGUUCAAGUUUCCCCGCUGGCGGACGAAAGGACAGGCUCUGCCCGACGUCGUGGCCAAAUACCAGGCUUUGGGUGCCGAGCUCAACGUCCUGCCCUUCUGCAGCCAAUUCAUCCCCAUGGAGAUCAUCAACGCGCCCUGCCACGGCUCCAUCAUCUACCACCCAAGUCUGCUUCCCCGGCACCGAGGGGCCUCGGCCAUCAACUGGACCCUCAUUCAUGGAGACAAAAAAGGAGGGUUCAGCAUCUUCUGGGCGGACGAUGGCCUGGACACUGGGGACCUUCUGCUCCAGAAGGAGUGUGAGGUCCUCCCGGACGACACCGUGAGCAGUCUGUACAACCGCUUCCUCUUCCCCGAAGGCGUCAAAGGGAUGGUGCAAGCUGUGAGGCUGAUCGCGGAGGGCAGAGCCCCCAGGCUCCCUCAGCCUGAGGAGGGAGCCACUUAUGAGGGCAUUCAGAAGAAGGAAACUGCCAAGAUCAACUGGGAGCAACCAGCAGAGGCCAUUCAUAACUGGAUCCGUGGGAAUGACAAGGUGCCAGGUGCCUGGACAGAGGCCUGUGGACAGAAGCUGACGUUUUUCAACUCGACACUGAACACUGUGGGCCUGGUGCCUGAGGGAGAGGCGCUGCCCAUCCCAGGAGCCCAUCGGCCGGGGCUUGUCACCAAAGAUGGACUCGUGCUCUUCGGGAACGAUGACAGAAUGCUGCUGGUGAAGAACAUCCAGCUGGAGGACGGGAAGAUGAUCUUGGCCUCGCACUUCUUCAAGGGAGCCGACAGCAGUGUCCUCGAACUGACAGAGGCAGAGCUGGUCACCGCCGAGGCUGUGCGGAGUGCCUGGAAACGGAUUCUCCCCAACAUCCUGGAGGUGGAAGACUCCACUGACUUCUUCAAGUCGGGGGCUGCAUCGGUGGAUGUUGUGAGAUUGGUGGAAGAAGUGAAGGAGCUGUGCGAUGGCCUGGAAUUAGAAAAUGAAGAUGUUUACAUGGCGACCACCUUCAGGGACUUCAUCCAGCUACUAGUGAGAAAGCUGCGAGGAGAUGACAAAGAGAGCGAGUGCGUCAUUGACUAUGUAGAAAAGGAAGCGAACAGGCUGACAAUCAAGAUGCCCCACCAGCUCUUCAUUGGGGGCGCGUUUGUGGAUGCCGAGGGGGACAAGACUUAUGAGACCAUCAACCCGACAGACGGAAGUGCCAUCUGCCAGGUGUCCCUUGCCCAGGUCAGCGAUGUUGACAAGGCAGUGGCUGCUGCAAAGGAUGCUUUUGAGAACGGAUUGUGGGGGAAGAUUAGCGCUCGCGACCGGGGCCGGCUCCUGUACAGGUUGGCAGACCUCAUGGAGCAGCAUCAGGAGGAGCUGGCCACCAUCGAGGCUCUGGACGCAGGCGCCGUCUACACGCUGGCCCUGAAGACCCACGUGGGCAUGUCCAUCCAGACCUUCCGCUACUUUGCUGGCUGGUGCGACAAGAUCCAGGGCUCCACCAUCCCCAUCAACCAUGCCAGACCCAACCGCAACCUGAGCUUGACCCGGAAGGAGCCCAUUGGGGUCUGUGGCAUUGUCAUCCCCUGGAACUACCCCCUGAUGAUGCUCUCCUGGAAGACGGCUGCCUGCCUGGCUGCUGGGAACACGGUGGUGAUCAAGCCUGCCCAGGUGACCCCACUCACAGCCUUGAAGUUUGCAGAGCUGACCUUGAAGGCCGGCAUUCCCAAGGGCGUGAUCAACAUCCUCCCGGGAUCUGGCUCGCUGGUCGGCCAGAGACUCUCAGACCAUCCCGAUGUGCGGAAAAUUGGGUUCACAGGCUCCACAGAGGUGGGAAAGCACAUCAUGAAGAGCUGUGCCCUGAGUAAUGUGAAGAAGGUCUCCCUGGAGCUGGGCGGGAAGUCGCCUCUCAUCAUCUUUGCUGACUGCGACCUCAGCAAGGCGGUGCAGAUGGGGAUGAGCUCUGUCUUCUUCAACAAAGGGGAGAACUGCAUCGCCGCGGGCCGGCUCUUUGUGGAGGACUCAAUUCAUGACCAGUUUGUGCAGAAGGUGGUAGAAGAGGUGAGGAAGAUGAAGAUCGGCAACCCUCUCGACCGGGACACCACCCAUGGACCGCAGAACCACCAAGCUCACCUGCGGAAGCUGAUAGAAUAUUGCCAGCGCGGUGUGAAGGAAGGGGCCACACUCGUCUGUGGUGGGAAUCAAGUCCCUCGGCCAGGUUUCUUCUUUGAGCCAACUGUUUUCACGGACGUGGAAGACCACAUGUUCAUAGCCAAGGAGGAGUCCUUCGGGCCCAUCAUGAUCAUCUCUCGGUUUGCCAAUGGUGACGUGGACACUGUGCUGUCUCGGGCCAAUGCCACGGAGUUUGGCCUGGCCUCUGGCGUCUUCACCAAGGACAUCAACAAGGCUCUGUAUGUCAGUGACAAGCUGCAGGCAGGCACCGUGUUUGUCAAUACAUACAACAAGACCGACGUGGCCGCUCCCUUUGGAGGGUUCAAGCAGUCCGGAUUUGGCAAAGACCUGGGAGAGGCCGCCCUGAAUGAGUACCUGCGGGUCAAGACAGUUACUUUCGAGUACUGAGGGAAAGGUCCAGUGAGAGCAACAGCCCCAAUCUCUGCGGUGUGUCCUUGCCCUCCACAACCUGCCUGCCUUGCCUGGUGGCCAGAUGGCCCUCUCACCCCAUCCCAAGUGCACAGCACCUCCACCUGCAGCCCCAGUGGAAGCUCCCCAUCUGCCCCCUGUUCCCGUCCAGGACACCCGCCACCCAUCCAAUCCGAGUGGCCUUUGGCUGGUUAAGAAAGUGGUCCCAGGUGAAUAAAGGUUCUGACUAGCAGCA